AUGGAUAAGUUCCAAACGCCGAGGGAGUUUUCGAACUUUCCAAUAGGACAGGAGGUGCUUAUAGACAAGGUGCUAAACGAACAGAGGUACCAACAUGACAAGAGGAAGAAAAAAAAAAAGGGAGGAGAAGAAGAUAUCCAGGAACAAUUACAUUAUUACCUGAAUGAGAAGUAUGAGUUAUUCAUUGGGUACAACCAUUUCAUGAACACGCUAUUCAAGAAGAAGAAGGUGUUGAGAGUAAGUCAUGGGAAAGACGACAGGAGGAAGAUAAAGGAAAGGCAUUCUCGUCGCGAGGGUUCACGCCACACCGGAGUAGCACCAAGUAAUGAGGGCGCCACUAAGGUGAAGUGUCGCGGCGAUUCCCAUUCGAGAGAUCGAGACAAUGGUAGGAGAAAUAGCGACAGGCGAAAUGGCAAAAGACGGGGUGUCCACCCACAUGGCACACAUGAAGCACAUGUAAAGAAUGAGGAGGAAGAUAUCCCCCUGAAAGGUGACCAAGGGAGGGAGAAGAAGACGAAGAUGUCAGGGUUGCGACACAAGGAAGGAGAUUCCAAAGCGUUUAAGAGCUCCUCGUCCCCGCAGAGAUGCACCUGCGACUGCCACCAGUGUCGCUCUCCGUUAGGGGCGAGUGAUCCUGGUGACCGGGUAAACGAUGUAUUGGACGAGCAGGAAGACGACUCCUCGAAUUAUCGCAUAGAUGAUCCAUCGAAUGAUCGCAUAGAUGAUCCAUCGAACGACCGCAUAGAUGAUCCAUCGAACGACCGCAUAGAUGAUCCAUCGAACGACCGCAUAGAUGAUCCAUCGAACGACCGCAUAGACGACGCAUCAAGUUACUCAUCUGCAUCCCCCGCCCACUGCUCAGACGUUAGCGACAUUUCCAACCUCUCCCCAGAUGCAUUUUGCUUCGAAAAACAAUUUAAGUAUAUAUAUGACCUGUACAGGCAAAAUGAUAAAAAUGUAUAUUUAUUUUACAACCCUCCGGUGUGUAAGUGCGUAAAUAAAUCUUUCAAGGAGAAGUACUAUCGGAGCCUGUGCCGCAAAUACCCGUGCCUGUUCAAUUGUACCUUUGAAGAUGAGGAGGGUGACGGCAGGCCCAACAGAGGAGAAGGUGCACCAAAAGGGGAAGAAGUAACCAAGGUGGAAGAAGUAACCAAGGUGGAAGAAGUAACCAAAGUGGAAGAAGUAACCAAAGUGGAAGAAGUAACCAAAGUGGAAGAAGCACCAAAGGGGGAAGAACCCAGCAAAGGGGAGGAGGAACCAAAUGAUGUGAAGAGACUGACGUACGCCGAGGUAGCAUCUGACGCAGUGGAAAUGAAGUUGUACGCGAAGGCCUUUUUUGAGUUGUGCCUUUUGCAGGGUGGAGGAGGUGAUCGUGUGAAGGGGGUAUCGAAGGAUAUGGAGAAGAAUACAUCGGGUGAUGCUGUGGACGAAGGUGCGGGUGAUGCUGUGGACGAAGGUGCGGGUGAUACUGUGGACGAAGGUGCGGGUGAUACUGUGGACGAAGGUGCGGGUGAUACUGUGGACGAAGGUGGAGGUGACGCCCCAAUAAAGGCAAGCCCUGUAGAUGUGACGCAACGAGAGAAUUCCAUCCUUGGAGAAGAAGAAGAACACAUGCUUAAAAAAUUUUUCAAUAAAUGUCUGCGUAGAAUAAUGAGAAAGAAAUCACCAACGUGUGAAAACGGAUCCUGUUGUGGGCUCCUCUAUGUUCCUUAUAGUUAUAUCGUGGUUGUCUUAAAUAGAAAGGUGGAAAAUCUGAGUUACAUAUGUAGUUAUUUAAAACUCCCUUCCAGUACCGACAUGUAUUACAACAACAAAAGGAACAUCGUAACCAUAUGUACAAAAAAUUCGGUUCAUGAAUUCUUCUGCUAUUACUCCCUGAGGGAAAAUCGGUACAUCAAAAAUAUACUUAUCUACGAUAUUUUUUUCGAUGGAUUUAUUCCGUUCUUUAAGCCACUCUUGAAUUUGAAGGUGAAGAAAAAUUUGGAGAAGGUGAUGAACUACGUGAACUACAACAAGGGGUGCAACUUGUCCAUCGUGUUUUUCUGGACGGGUGGAAGAGAAGAAACUGGUGUGGACGGUGCACAGAACGAUAUGCAAUGUGGUGUGGAGAACCCUUCGGAUCACAGUAUCAGUAGCAGCAUGAGCAGCAUGAGCAGUGGUGGUGGUGGUGGUGAUGGUGGUGGUGGGGGGGGUAGCGAAGCAAGGCACGCGAUGAACCUGCGUGUGUGCAGAAUCAUAAAUAUUAAUCAUCCAAAUGAAUACAAAGGGAUGAGAAGCAGACUGAUUAAGAAGAAGGAGUGCACGGAGGGAACUGGAGGAAGAGAGAGGAAGGACAAAAUGAAUGCAGACCAAGAGUACUUUGCAAAUCUCUGCAACGGAAGUGAAGUAAUUAAUAAUAUUAAUAUAAAUAUGGUUGUAGACAAAAUUAUAGAUAUAGCUAGUAGGAAGGAGAGUAGUUUAUGCGAUGAGAAUUGUAAUUUCAAGAGACAUAAUAAAAGAUAUGGGAAAAAAAGAAACAUUCAGAUAUACCUAUGUCAGUCUAUUAAUUCUUUCUCCUUCGAUAGAAGACCACUUUUUAUCAAACGCAGGGAGAUAACUUUCUCUUCUUUUGUGCAUUUUCAGAAUGUUAUUAAGACUUACUUGGGUGGUAGUAGAAACAACCUUGACGUUUUAAUUCGGCGACGAAUGGAGGAGGACGUGUUUGACAUGGAUCUGAGGAAGAGGAACCUACUCUCCAGUUUCCGUGGGGAAGAGGAAAGUGAUACAGGGGGAACGACUGCAGAUUUGGUAGAAGGUGAAAGAAGCAACCUAGACCACUUGUUCAACGAAACCCUCUUCUUCUUUAAUGAUAAUUCGGAUCUAUACACAUAUGAGGAAUACAAGAAGGCGAAGCUCCAAAGUGUAGGCAGAGGAGGAGAGCAGGACAACAACCCCACUGCGGAGCAACAACACAAUGCACGUGGGAGGAACUGGAUAACGCGAAGCGCAACAUAUGCAGAAAGGGAAAACCUAUGGGAUUCCCUAUGUACACAGUACGCACAGAACCUCUUUAAUAUAUAUGUUUGCUCCUUCUUGAACAGACAAAAUAGUUACAAAAGGGUUACAUCCCCUGUCGGGGGGGGUGGAAAAAAAAAUAAUAUAAUAAAAAUUAAUAAAAAUAAAGGAGAUAAAAUGUCCUACCAGGAGAGGAUUCGCUUCAUUAAAGAAUGCUACUUCCGCCUCUUCCGCUUUUACAAAGAAAAGUUCCGAGUCUCCCUGAAGAAGGAAGAAGAGGACAUAGUGCACAGGAAUAACUGGGUUAGCGAGGAUUCGUUUAUCGCGCUCUCCAGGAAGGGUACCAUGUCCAGGUGA